UUUUAACCUUCCCUCUCUCAGUUCUCUCUGUGGACUUCGGUGAUACUCUGUGAGGUACGGGAGAGAGAGAGAGUACGCCAUGGGAUGGUUUCUCUGUACUGGAGGUUCAAAUAAGAGGGGAAAACAGCAGCAGCAGCAGCAGGUUCAGAAGAAGGACGAUGAUCCGAUCCCAUCGGCUUCAGAAAAGUUAAUGGUAAAGCCGAUAUUUAAUGGGAAGAACGAGGCUCUAAAAGAUGAAGGUUCUGAUCAGAUUGCAGCACAAACAAUUACAUUCUCAUUCCGAGAGUUGGCAGCUGCAACAAAGUAUUUUAGAGCCGACUGUCUUUUAGGUGAAGGAGGUUUCGGUCAAGUAUAUAAAGGACGAUUGGAGAGCAUAAACCAGGUAGUUGCCAUCAAGCAACUUGAUCGAAAUGGGCUACAAGGAAACAGGGAAUUUCUCGUUGAAGUACUAAUGUUAAGCCUACUCCAUCAUCCAAAUCUUGUUAAUUUAAUUGGCUAUUGUGCGGAUGGCGAUCAAAGACUCUUGGUUUAUGAAUACAUGCCAUUGGGAUCGUUGGAAGACCAUCUACAUGAUCUCCCACCCGACAAGAAACGACUUGAUUGGAAUAUAAGAAUGAAAAUAGCUGCUGGUGCUGCAAAAGGCUUAGAGUACUUGCAUGACAAAGCUAACCCCCCAGUUAUAUAUCGUGAUCUGAAAUGCUCUAACAUCCUGCUUGGUGAAAAUUACCAUCCUAAGCUAUCCGAUUUUGGCUUGGCAAAAUUAGGCCCCGUGGGGGAUAACACUCAUGUGUCCACAAGAGUGAUGGGAACGUAUGGAUACUGUGCUCCUGAAUAUGCAAUGACAGGCCAGCUCACUUUAAAAUCAGAUGUUUAUAGCUUUGGAGUUGUUCUGCUUGAAAUUAUUACUGGCAGAAAAGCCAUUGACAAUUCAAGAGCCGCAGGGGAACAUAAUUUGGUGGCAUGGGCACAACCCUUAUUUAAAGACAGAAGGAAGUUUCCACAGAUGGCCGAUCCAUUGCUCCAAGGACAAUACCCAGUCAGAGGCUUAUAUCAAGCUCUUGCAGUAGCUGCAAUGUGUGUUCAGGAACAGCCUCAUAUGCGUCCCCUCAUCGCCGAUGUCGUCACGGCCCUCACAUAUCUUGCCUCCCAAAAAUGCGAUCCUGAAACGCAGCCAGUUCAAAGCGCCCGCAGUAGCUCGUCCACACCUAGAUCUUCUAGAAGAGAACUGUGAAGUUUAAAAAAGAAGCUACCAUGAAACCAAAUUCUAACAAUCAGACAAGUAUAUGAAACAAGUAUCCUGGCAUGUCUCGUGGUGCAGUUGCAUUCCAGAUAGCUCCUCUACUCUCCCCCAGGUUUUGUUCUUAGAAAAAAAAUUUCAAUUCUUUUGUUAUAAUUCUUAUGAUUAUUCCUCACCUGUUCCAAGCCCUUUCCUUCCAGCACAAGAUUCUUUAUGUAUGUACAAUUGAGCUUGGUGCUUUUGUAGCUAUAUAGAAAUAGGUCUUCCUGUGGAUUUGCUGUUGAUUCAAGCUGUGAAUGUAUACACUUUGAAUUGCAAAAGCUUUCAAGCAUUCUUACA